AUCAAGUGUCUGGCAUCGCUGAUACAGUAGCCCGGUUAUGGCAGUUCCACCUGAGGAUCAAAGGAGUGAUAAGAAGAUUGCGUGGCUAAAGAUGGUGUGGUCAAGUGUUGACUACGCCGUUAGAAUAUGUAUUGUGAUAUUCGUUGCUGACUGCCUGCAGAGAUUGUUCUACGUAUUUAAGGAAUACCUGUUGCACCGUAUUUAUUAUUUACCAGAGGAUCGUCUAACAACAAUUAUAAAGCGUGCGUACACGUACAAUAACAAAACAGUAUAUCUAGCAUUAUUAGUGAUACUCACGGGAGUGACGCGCUUUGGAAGAACUAAUAACUUAGCUCUUUUGCUGCCCAGAGGCGAACCGCUUCUUCUUAUUCCUCUUUAUUGGAUUUUCACCUACGUACAACUGAGCCAUAGUUCAUUGAGCUAUGCCCAUUGGAUACGCGAUUCGCAUGGCUUGGAUUAUGCAGCUGGAAUGGCCUCGAGCUAUUUUCAUGGUUAUCUGAAACUCUCGCUACCGGAACGAGAGAAUGACGGCCUGCAAAAGCGAAUGCAACAAUAUGAGGACAUGCAGAAUGUGAAAUUCGGGAUAAAGCGCCUAAUUAUACUAAUUCCAGAUGAGAUGUUUGUAAAUCGCGUUAUACAAAGCGAAUGGCUUGAUAAGGCUGAGCCCCUGGAGACACAGUUUAUAAAUAGGGCCGGUGUAAAUCGUCCCUUCAAACAUGCGGUCUAUAGGCUUAAUAAGAAAAUCAAUGGAACCACAUACUACUUUGCAAUGGAGGGCGCCACGCCAAUGCUAACAUUUUUCGAAUCAAUGCACUUCCAAUUGUCGGCCACUUGGCAAAUGCAGGAAAUGAAACGCGAGAUCUGGUUGAAGUUUUGUAAGCAUCUGCAAGAGCUCCUUAACAACUGGCCGGAAACACGACGUGAAGUUCAACUUAUUAUAUAUAAUUCUCACAAACAGAACGGAGAACUACAAGAUGUAGGCGAUGUGCUAAUCUCUCACGUUCUGACUCACAUUGAGAAAGAGAAAAAGAAACAUGGACUUGAAUAACUUAGCUUAGCUAGGACUGCAUGAAUCACGAAUACAUGG